CUUCUUUCCCCUACCUGCGAGAGCAGUAAAAACCUAGAUCGCGGGGCACCCAAUCCCCGCGUCUCCUCUCCUCCCCAAUCCCCGCUUCUCCUCUUCCCCAAUGGAGCUCAAGGGGCGGCGGGUGCCCUCCUCCUCUCCCAUCCCUGUCAUCUCUCUUCCUCCAUGGCGCUCCAAGCUCUCCAAAUCGAAGCAGCAGCGGGAGGAGCGGAUGGUGGCCGCAGAGGACGAUGGUGCAGCCUCAGGUGGUGGACGGUGGUGCCUGCCGAUGCAUCAACGCGGCAGCUUGGCGGUCAGAGCCGCAUCGGUCGUUUCCUCGGGGCUCGGAGGGGAGGCUGUUGUUUGGGAGAUGCCAUUCAUGGGUGUUUGCAAUGGCAAGGGUGAGCAGAUCGAGUUGUAUAAUGCACAUACAGCAACUACCGUUGUUGUGGUGACUGACAAUCAAGUUGGCCACUUUGGGGGGUAUGCCAUGAUAUGCAUAUUUGCCAGUGUUCAUGAUAAACCUAUCAGCCUGCUACGAGGUGAACGAAAGCUGCUUGGCACUCUCUGCUCAUUUUAUAGCCUACCGGCUAGGACGGACUCACCCUUUUGGAUGCUCUUAAGCAUGUAUUCGUGAGUAGAGUGAUGGAUGUCAAGGACUUUCCUGUAUGGAUUCAGCUUUCGUAUGUUUGUGCUUCUAAUGGUCUGGUACUCAUGGACGAGUUGUUGCAACUGUUACCUGCGGUUGAAAUUGUUGAUCUUAGUCGGAACCAGUUUGCAAAUGUGGAUAAUCUAUGGAAAUGUACAAAGAUGCAAAAUCUGGACAUUGGAUUAAUCAUUUGCGUUCUGUUUCAUCCCUGAGUGAGGAUUUCCGAUGAUGGGUUGUGUUAGUUGAGGAUCCUUUGUUUUGUUGUUCAGGUGUGCCUUCGAGUCCAUCAGGUAUAGUGUCGCUCCACCUGCAUUCUUUUCUUUCCUGUUGUCAUGAUGUCUUUCUUGGUUUCGUUUCCUUUGUUUAUCACGAUGCUCAAGUGCAUCUGUUCAUAUUCCUGAAUAUUGCUGAUUCCCUUUGUUACCAUAUAUAUUUUUGCUGCUAAUGCACUCCACAUGGAUUCAUGGGGAUCCGUGGUCUUCUGGAUGAAGGUGGAUUUAGCCAAUGCCCGAGAGUGGGGUAUAUCACAGAAAAUAGGCAAUCACAGGUGUAACAGAUGAGAGGAUAGUUCAUACAUGCUUGAUCCCUUCUCCUCCUGUUCUAAAAGUAUUAUUUUAAAAAUGUGGUAAUACACUACUAGAUCCAACUCCAUUUUAAUAACUAGAAUGGGAAAAUGGAUUUAGCCAAUGUCUGAGAGGCAUAUAUCUCGGAAAGUAGAUCAUCACAGAGUUUUCUCAGGGGGGGUAUCUUUUUUGGUCAUUUGAUUGGCUAUACAUAGUACUUUUUCACCACCGCUUUCACUCCAUCCAACGAAGUGUUUGGCAAGUCAGUGAUAUACUGAUAUUUAAUAUUUCAUAUUUGGAGGUAACAAAGUUAAGCUGAUUCUAAUUUAAAUUUUGGAUAUAUUGCACUGCUACACAUCUCUUCUGGUAGAAGUGGAAAAGAAUAAUAUUGAAUUGCAGGUUGAUCUUGAGACAGCAGCCACCUCUGCAGGUACCACCGAGGGCAUGCAGGUUGCAUCUGAACCAAAUUUUCCUAUUAAUAGUUUCUACUCUCUGCUGCAAUUUAGUAGAUUAACAUCUUGUUGUAACGUUUGGUUGUUAAGCACACACACACUAUCGGUGAAUUUUUCCUAAAAGUAGUGGAAGAGAAUUUGAAUAUGCUGCUUUGUAUAUCCUUGGACUAUUGAAGUCAAAGCCGGAGUGUCAGGGAAUAUUGAAUAGACUACUUUUUAUACCCUUGGAAGCUUAUAUUUUUUUGGGGGAUCGUUCCUCCAGCUGUUGAAUAAAGCAAUGAGCCAAAAUAGUGAAAGCAAAUCAAGCGUGAUGAGAUUUUAGCUCACGGUUAGAAGGCCAAUCCAUCUAUUAAUGUACCUCUUGACCAUAGCGAUCAUUUAUAAAAUAUAUUACCCUGCCAUGGCCAGUACUCUCUCUUUGCAGAUUUUCCAGUCCUGUGAUUCCUUGCUUCCUGUCAAGAUCCAUUUGGUCAGUAGAUCACUCCUCCAUCAUACAUAUUUUCUUUAAUGUAUGAACUCCAAAAUAUGUUAGCCUGCCAUGGCCAGUACUCUCUCUUUGCUAUUUCUGAUUACCUGCAUUUUAGUGUGGGUUCUAAAAUAUAAGUUACCAAUCCUUUUCCAUAUAUAUAGUCUUACAACUUUGCAACCUAAAAUAUAGGUUAUGAUGUGCUAGAUUCACACAUAAAUAUUCAGAAAUCGUUGUGUAUUUCAGAACUAAAAUUCAUCUUAGUUAGGUUAUUGUUGUGCCCUUUUCUACUAGGCUUGCCAUGCCGCUUUUUGGUGCAUUACUGAAGGCAAAAAGAUUGCUGCUCAUGUUUUAAAGUGAUUUAUUCGCUAUUAAGCAGUGCAUGCUCCUUAUAAACUUAAAAAAUGUUAUGUAUUUAUUUGUUAAAGGUUAUUUCUUACCAAAUUAGUUUCAGGACGAUUGGCAAGUUUGCUAACGAUUUGAUCUUUUUUUUGGUGCAUUACAGGUUAGCUGCUUAUAAUUCUUUGAAAAACAAAUUGGUGUUUUUGCAGCACCAUCAUAUGGAUCCCUACAUGUUCCGUAGGUGACACCAUUUUUGCAAUAACUAUUUGAACACACGCUUUGCUUUUUCUCAAUAUAAUUGAACUUCUAAGAAGCCAUGGUGUACUGGUCACUCUCGUGUGCCACUGUAUAAAUAUUUUAGCUACAGUUAACUGCAGAUGAAGAUUAAUCUACUCAGUGCCGUAUUUAGUCAUUUAUAUCUUCUAUUUACCAAGUUUCACUGCUCUCAACGAAGAUUUAUGUGUGUUGCAUGGUUCCAAGUUCAUUUCUAGAUUGUUCAGCUUUUUAUGGCCUUCCUACCUCUUGAUGGUUGUAAUACUGAACUUUUAAAUAAGUCCGUCAUUCCAAUAAUCUCUCCUAAAACAGGAGAAUAUAUUGUAUAAAGCUAGCUGCAGAAGUGCACAUCGUUUGUGAGUUUGUUUUCCAUUUGAGGUUGUAGGUGUACCCAGCAGAUGCUUGUAAAAGCAGGAGGGGAAACACUGGUCACUGGAGCUGCCACUGAACCUCUAUCGACCUCUGUUCUAUGGAUUGAAGAUGGGGCUUCUGCCAUCUAUGAGAAGGGCUCUAAAUGUGUCUCUACAGGCCUUCUGCCGUUCAUUUGUCCUGAUUUUUAUUCUUCCUCGGCAAUUCAGAAUUGGAGGGUCCAUUGGAAGCCAAAUUAUCACCCAAAUCAGUAUUUUUAUGGUGACCACAGUUGUUUCCUUCUGUUGGGAAAUAAGCCAUCAUUUGUUCAGGGUGCCUUCUUCGAGGAAUCUGGUGAAACAUACAAAAGAAUUGUGACAGCCUGUUUGAAGCCGCUUGAGGACACACUCCAAAUAUUGCUGGAGCGCUCGAAGUUGUUUGGUGCCCCACAUCUUGUCCCUUGGUAUACCAUCUCCCUCCGGUCUAUCUUUUGAUUUUCCUACGGAAUUUGUGAUUUAUGCUUAGUUGGUGUGUUAUUCUUAAUAUCUCUUGUUCAUAUUGUUAUUGGUGGUUGACACAAAUGCAAAAGGAGAGUCGUAAAUUUGUGGUCAAGCAGCAGGAGCCACGGUAUAGGGAGGUGAUGACCUCAAGCAGCAGGAGCCAUGGUGGACGUUGGGUGGUGAGGAGGAGAGGGAAGAAUAAAGAAGGGGCCAUCAGAUGGGUGCCGCCUGUUGCAUUGACGCUCUUCUCUCCAAGGAAUUCGCCGUCACGGCUGCUUUGCUGAUGGAGUUCCUGGUGGCUGGUCCGUAUGGUUGAGGUGAGUUCGCCCUUGUUUAUCUCGUUCUUUGCCUUCCAUUCUCCCUUCUUUGCUAAUUGUUUCAGCUGAUUCUUCUCUUUUCCUUUGCAUCUAGCCAUCCAGAUCUACGUUCCUCCUGUAGUUAUUCUACGCUCAUCCUCUACUCUCUGGUACACCAGUUAUACCGUCGUUGUUCUAGCUUCUUUUUAAUUUUCU